AUGGAAAAAUAUUUAGAUUCAAAACUAUUUCCUACUCAAUUCGAUGUUAUUGAUGGUGAUUCAUAUGGAGAAAUGAAUCGUACUGAAUUAGAACAAGAUUAUUUUACUAAAUAUUUCAAUGAUAUUGAUGAUAACGACAUACAAUAUAUUGAACUUCAUUAUGAUCAACAACAACAACGAUUAUCACAACGAUUAAGUCAAUUAUCGAUGACUAACCAGAAUGAUGAUGAUAAUGAUGACGAUAAUUCAAUACCAAAAUAUCUACAAACUGAAUUGAUAAAAAUAACUUCUCCAUUAAAUCAAAAAGAUCGUCGUCAUAUGGCAUAUAUUCUCUAUGAAAUAGGACGUUAUGAAUAUUAUCAUAAUUUAUGGUCACUCUAUUUACAAGCUGGUCUAGGUCAAUUGUUUUCAGUGAGACAACAAGAACCAUUUUGGUUAAAUAAUGAAACAUUGAUUCGUCAACGGCUUCUUGAGUUUCAAACUAAAUUGGAUCAUUAUCGAGCAGAAUAUAAUUCAUUUAAAAUUGAUACAAAUACACAAAAUAUGAUUGAAAACCUUGUCAAUGAAUAUGGUUUAAUCGAAAUUCAUAUGGAAUCUGAAUAUACUAUUGCAUUAUUAUAUAAUAAAUAUCAUGAUCAUCAACUUCAAGUUCAAUAUCAAAAACAAACUUCAACACAGUAUCAAAUUGACAUUGGAAAACAAAUAUUGGAAACAAAUAUUCAAUUAAUAACAAUGAAACAUGAAUUGAUCUAUCAUCGAUUACAAUUACUUUAUGAUCAACCACCUCGAUCUUAUGAUAAAUUAGAAUUUCAUUUAUUACCAAUUGAUCUAUAUGAAAAAUUAUUACAACAAACUAAAACAAAAUUAAUGGCAUUACGUUUACUAUGUCUACAGACAAAUAUCUAUCAAUAUGAAACAAAAUUAAAAUUACAAAAAAAUGAAAUAAUAGUUGGUAAAACUAUGAAUGAAAUAUUAUUUCGUUUAAUCGAUCAACGUAUCGAAUUAAUACAUAAACAAAUGAAAUUAAAAUUAGAUUUUCAUACAAAUUAUAAUCUUCGUAGUCUAUUUUUUGAUGAUAGAAAUCGUAUAGGUUUUAUCAAUAAUUUAGAAAUAGAUAAAAAUAUAAUGAAAAAUAAAUAUUUCUCAAGAAAACAACUACAAUUAUUACGUCGUGGUCCAUCUUAUGUAGCGCCAUGUCAAUUACAAUUGAAAUUAUCAGAUCAACUUCUUGAAAAACAAUAUCAACCAUUACAACAACACUUAUUAGUCGAUCUCGUAAAAAAAUAUCCAAAUGAUAGAAAAUUAUUCAAUACAAUUGAACAGAAAACAAAAGAAGAGUUUUACAAAAUAUUUUCUUUAUCCAAUCGAAGUAUAUCACCAUCAAUGUUAGAACGUUCAUAUCAUGAACAAGAACUUAUUGGAACCAUACAACAAUGUCUUCAUGAACAUAAUCUUAUUCUACGGAGAACAACUCAUCAUACCAAUCAAUUCUAUUUAAUAGGUCAAGAUAGAUAUUAUGAACGAUGUCAAAAUUAUAUGAAACAACAUCAAGACGAUUAUGAACUUCUCUCUUCUAUCUCAAAUAUGGAGACAAUAGUUAAUCAACAUAUUCAUAAAAUUAAUAUGACAUUAAAAUUUUUGGAACAUGAACAUUAUAUAACUAAAGAUAUUUAUCAACAACUUUUUCUUCAACGUAAUGAUAUUCAAUUAAAGAAUGUUUAUUUUUUAUUUGAUAGAUCCUAUGUCAAACCAAUCUUUUCAAUGGAAUCAAAUGUAACAUCGAAAUUAUCGAAUUAUCUUGAUGAUUUACUUCGACCAACAAUUGAAGAUAUAUUAAAACAAUCUGUUGUUGAUCAAGAUUUCGAUUUUAUUCAAUGUCUUCAUCAUCAUCAAUGUUCUUCGAAACUUAAACCAACAACAUUAUUAGUAAGAAUUAAAAUUCAAAAUUUUUUUUCCUUAUUUCAACAUCAAUCUGUUGUUGAUCGAAUUGGUUAUCUAUUAGCAAAACAUCGUCAAAAUCAACCAAUUAAUCAUAUAUCAAUUGUUACUAUUGAACGUUUACUAGAAUUAUAUUUAAAAUAUACAUUAUUUAUUUUCGGAGAUUAUAUUUAUACUUUCAAUCAAGGUAUGCCAAAUGAAACUCGUUUCAGUACAUUAUUAUCUAAUUUAUGUUUAUAUUAUUGGAAAAUGAAAAAAUUUCAAGAUAAUCAACAAUUUCAAAAUGAAUUUCUUCUCCAAUAUAAUGAUGAAUUAUUUUUUACAUGGAAUCAAUCCAAAGAAAAUCUUCGUAUAUUUCUUCUCGAAUUAAAAGAAUUCUCUGAUGAUGAUAUUGAUAUGGACAUUGAAUAUGGUCAACAAAUUAACAUUCGAAAUAUUCAUUUAGAAAAUCGCCAUGGUCAAUUGUAUUCGACAAUGAAUACAUCAUCAGUGUUACUACCUUAUGUUACAGGUUAUCCAAAAGUAAAAUAUCAACAAUGGUUUCGUUCAACAUUAAUUCGUCUCAUACAAUUAUGUUCAGAUUAUCGAGAUUUUACUCGUCAACGAAUUCAGAUGGAAAUUCAUUGUUUAAUAUCAGGUUAUUCAAAUGAAUUUAUUGAAAGUGAAUUAGAAAAAUUCAAUCGUUAUUUUAAUGUUGAUAUCUAUCAAGUUCAAGUUAAUGAAUUAACAUAUCAACAACUUCGUUCAAAUUUAUUAAAGUUUCAACGAUGGCAAUCUCAAAAUUAUUCUUCUAUCAUUGAAUUCAAUUAUCUUUAUGAUUAUGGAGCGUAUCAUGAAUUUCAAAAAAAAUUUCAUACUAUUUGGUCAACAUAUACAAAUUCGCAUGCAACAUUAUCAUCGAAACAAACAAAAAUUCUUCUUAAUGCUAAACAUUUAUUUUCAUUAGAUAGUCUCUUAGCUCGAAAACGAGAAUCUUAA